AUGGCGACAUCAUACUCUACGAACAAUGCUUUCCUGUCUUCUCUGAUGUUCUUUCUAUUAAUCGGUUCUUCGUACGCAAUAACGACCGCAAACAUAAAUGCGAUAUGCGGCAAAACGCUAAACCCAUCUUUCUGUCUGAAAUUCCUAAAGUCCAACCCGAAGAUCCUGGCCGCCGGCCUUCCCGCUGUUGCGAAGAUCGCUAUUGAUUCGGCGCAAACAAGUGCAUCAAAGACAUUUAAGAGGAUCCAGUCCAUUGUCCAGAAGACAACCGACCCGAAAUCAAAGCAGGCGUAUACAUCGUGCUUAGACAAUUAUGAAUCGGUUGUCGACACCCUGGAUGAAGCCAAGGAGCAUCUGGCGGCUGGGGAUCCAGUGAGUGUGAACGUCAAGGUUUCGGCCGCUAUGGAUGGUCCAGACUCAUGUCUAGACGACCUCAAGAACGUCAAAGCUGAUCCUUCGGUUGUGAAGAGCAGCGAGUAUAUCGGGAAUGUUUGUGGAAUCACUCUUGUUAUCGCGAACAUGUUACCCAGGCGCACGUAAUCUAUGAAAUGAUGAUAUUAAUCUAAUUUAUAAUCAACGGGCUUGUAACAUUGAUUUACAAACAAUAUCAGCACGAAUAA